AAUACAGACAGUCUAAAAAUUGUCGCGUUCGUGAAAGGUUAUUUCGCGCAAUAAAUUCACGUUCAUCUAUUUCCCUUGUGUGUGUGUGUGUUUGUGUCGCACCCUGCUAUAAGGCGACCAACCAUUGUUCUGUCAUCAUCAACCUCUUCUUUGCAAGAGUAAUAGUAAUUUUUCAAUAUACCGUUUGAAUAUAAUCUUGGUGGUCUGGAUCUGUUAAAUUCCAUUUGGGAGCAACUUUAUAGUUGCCCGACAAAGCUUUGCUUCGUCGAUACUGCAGCAGCAACAACUGUAGUCAACGACGACUACAGAAGUGGCGGGGGCAGUAUUAGCGACAGGCAACCUCGUGAAGUCAAGCCCGGGGGAGUUGGAGGUGGCGGAGGAACAACCGGCUUGGGAUUCGUUGGAGGAAUCAGUCUUUUGCGAUUUGGGAAAAUGGGAACAAUCAAAUCUCGACCUCUGACACAAUCAGAUUCUCUGUCCGAUGGCAAUGCAUCGCAGAUGAAUGGAAUUGUUGGUUUAGGAGGUGGGAAUGGAAAUGGUUCAACGGGAAAUGGAGGAGUGUGCUCUAUAGUCACUAGUUUCCCAAAUAAACACGAUUUGCUCUAUGUGAACUCGCCGCAGAGUUCGAUUUCGGCGGCAACAACAAAUCAAUAUCAUGUAAGACAAUCGAGUAUUCGAAGUCGACCACAACAACCAAUUCCCGAUGCUGCUGAAUUGGAUAAACGAUUUGCUAAAGUUCUGGCCUCCAUGGAUUUACCACCAGAUAAAGCGAAACUAUUGAAAAAUUACGACGACGAAAAGAAAUGGGAUAUCAUAUGUGAUCAGGAAAUGGUUCGAGCGAAAGAUCCACCAUCUCAUUAUUUAAAUAAAUUAAGAACUUAUUUAGAUCCGAAAGCUUCGCGAAGUCACAGAAUUUUCUUCUACUUUCUUUGCCAGAAACGAAAAAUGGUCGGUGAGUCCACGUCCACACAAGUGUUACGUGAUUUAGAAAUCUCACUGCGCACCAAUCACAUUGAGUGGGUAAAAGAGUUCCUGGACGAGACCAACCAAGGUCUAGAUGCACUCGUUGAUUAUUUAAGUUUUCGCUUACAAAUGAUGCGCCACGAACAACGAAUACAAGAAGCCCUAACCGAAUCCGAAGAACGUUUGAAUCUCGCUAGCACUAACAAUCAAUCGGGUUGUAGUGAUAAUGAGGGUGUAAAUGGUUCGACCCUCGGCAAUAAUAGUCAUCAUCAUGACUCAUCCUCCCGACACAAUCAUCACAAUUCCUCCAAUGGAUUUCUGCGACCAUCGCUGGCCGAUGUCCUUGAUAGUCCGAGUAUCAAACGCCGUUCCCGCCACAUUGCCAAAUUGAAUAUGGGUGCAUCAACCGAUGAUAUACAUGUUUGUAUUAUGUGCCUGCGGGCCAUCAUGAACAACAAAUAUGGAUUCAAUAUGGUGAUCCAACAUCGAGAGGCGAUUAAUUGCAUUGCCUUGAGUUUGAUCCACAAGUCCUUGCGAACGAAGGCACUGGUGCUGGAGCUGCUGGCGGCUAUUUGUUUGGUUAAAGGUGGUCAUGAGAUCAUUUUGUCGUCAUUUGACAAUUUCAAAGAAGUGUGUCAAGAGAAGAGACGUUUCCAAACGCUCAUGGAGUUCUUUAUGAACUUCGAGGCUUUCAAUAUUGACUUUAUGGUGGCGUGCAUGCAAUUUAUGAAUAUUGUUGUGCAUUCGGUGGAGGACAUGAAUUACAGGGUACAUUUGCAAUAUGAGUUCACAGCCCUUGGCUUGGACAAGUAUCUAGAAAAACUGAGACUCACCGAAUCGGAAGAGCUCAAAGUACAGAUCUCGGCAUAUUUGGACAAUGUUUUCGAUGUUGCCGCUUUGAUGGAGGAUUCUGAGACUAAAACUGCAGCUCUGGAAAGAGUUCAAGAACUAGAAGAUGAUCUCGGAAGAGUGAUGGACCGAAAUGCCGAACUAGAGCGAGAGUUUAUGUAUAAACUUGCCGAAAUGGACACUGAAAUGGAGCAAUUGAAGGCUGAACGAGAAGAAUUACUUGCAACCAAGUGUAAAUUCGACGAGGAGGUAUCGACUCUUCGCAAGAUUCUCAAACACAAUGAGCAGGAACUCAAGAAACGAGAAUCCAUGCUGCAGAGUAAGAAUCUCGAACUUCAAACUCUUACCAAGUCUCUGCCUAGGUCCGGUUCCAACGGUGAAGGUGGUUUUAUUAUGAUGAACGGAAAUAAUAUUGGUUCACCAGAUUCUCUAACAUCAUCAAUAUCACCUCCGCCACCUCCACCACCUCCAUUGCCAUGUGCUGUCUCACCACCUCCACCACCGCCACCAGUUCCUCCACCGCCACCAAGCAUGAAUGGCGGCGGUUUGAGGGACAACGAGUCGACAUACUCGAACAUUAACCCUCAUGAAACAACGACACGAAUGCCACCCCCACCAGCACCAGCUCCACCAUUUAUGUCAACAUUCUCACCGCCACCACCACCAGCUGCUGGCUUUAUGCCCGCUCCAGAUGGUGCGAUGACCAUCAAACGAAAGGUGCAAACCAAAUACAAGUUGCCGACACUUAAUUGGAUUGCGCUGAAACCUAACCAGGUUCGCGGAACAAUUUUCAACGAACUAGACGAUGAGAAAAUUCACAGACAGAUCGAUUUUAUUGAUUUCGAAGAACGCUUCAAAAUAGGCAUUGGCGGUCCAAUCGCAAAUGGUAAAUCCGAAGUCGAUGGACUCAAUUCAUAUCCUAGUAAGCGUUUUAAAAAACCAGAAAACGUUUCACUGCUAGAGCAUACGAGAUUACGAAAUAUUGCAAUAUCUCGUCGAAAACUUGAUAUGCCAAUCGAUGAAGUGAUAGCUGCGAUACAUAGUCUCGAUCUGAAGAAACUUUCGCUAGAAAAUGUUGAAUUGUUACAAAAAAUGGUGCCAACUGAUGCUGAAGUCAAAUCCUAUAAGGAAUAUAUUGGCGAACGUAAAGAUCAGAACCUCCUUACUGAAGAGGAUAAAUUCAUGUUGCAAUUGGCCAAAGUUGAACGAAUAUCAUCAAAAUUAUCCAUUAUGAAUUAUAUGGGUAAUUUCUUUGAUUGUGUUCAUUUGAUUAGUCCGCAAAUCAUAGCAAUCAAUACAGCAUCCAAUUCGUUAAAACAAUCACGUAAAUUCAGAGCCGUCCUUGAGAUAGUGCUUGCAUUUGGAAAUUAUUUAAAUAGUAGCAAGCGUGGUCCAGCUUAUGGUUUUAAACUCCAAAGUCUUGACACCCUAAUCGAUACAAAAUCCACUGACAAGCGAUCAUCGCUUUUGCAUUAUAUUGUCGCAACAAUAAGGCAAAAGUUUCCUGAUCUGCUUAACUUUGAUACAGAAUUAUUCUGUACUGACAAAGCAGCUCAGGUAUCGCUGGAGAAUAUCAUCACAGAUAUGCAUGAUCUGGAAAAGGGCAUGGAAUUGGUGAAGAAGGAAGCUGACAUUCGAGUCAAAGGUGCACCCACUCAUAUUCUUAGGGAUUUCCUAAACAACUCGGAGGAUAAACUGAAGAAGAUCAAGUGUGAUUUGAAAGUUGCUCAGGAUGCAUUCAAAGAGUGUGUAGAGUAUUUUGGAGAGUCGUCGAGGAAAGCCGAUGCAAGUGCGUUCUUUGCAUUGAUUGUAAGAUUCACACGAGCCUUUAAGAUGCACGAUCAAGAGAACGAACAACGUCGCCGAUUAGAACAAGCAGCCGCUCAGGCUGCUAGCAAAAAGGAAAACGAACAGGUAAUCCUUAGGAACAAGAUGAAUCAGAAGAAACAGCAGACGACUUCGAUUUCAUUACAGGAAGCAGUUAUUAAUGAGCUUAAAAGUAAAACAACAACUCACAAAAAUAGUUCAGUUCGUGAACAAAAGAUUCUACAACAGGACGAAGUUUAUAAUGGAGCCUUGGAAGAUAUUCUAUUGAAUUUAAAAAGUGAACCGUAUAGACGUGCCGAUGCAGUUCGAAGAAGUCAACGACGUCGCAUAGAUAACAAUAGACUCUCACGAACUCUUGAAGAGUUGGAUGUUUAAAAUUCUAAAAAAUCAUAUAUUUUUAAGCCAUUUUUAUGCAAUUGUGUAUACUACAUUCCUGGAAUAUCUAUUUAUCGCUUUCACUACUUUUUUGUUUUUCAAAUUCGAUGGAAAUUUGCUCUCUAUCUUUUUUUAUUUUUGUUAAAUUUGUGCGAAAUUUAAUGAAAUUUUUUGUAUAUAAAUCGAUUUUUAGUGAUAUUUAAAAAAAAAUACUAUGCGCACAAAUUUUAUUAGUUAUUAAAAAAAAAAAAAACUAACGAAUUUUUGAAGUUUACAUACAUAUUUUUGGUAAUUCAUACAAAAAAUACAUUUUAUCAAUUUUUCAUUUUUUUUUGUAUAAUAAAUUGCUGCAAACAAAAAAAAAUCAUCAAUAGAAUACCAGGAGGCCUUCUGUUUGAGAAACAAAUUUUGAUUAAUUACGAAAAUAUUAUUUUUUUAUUUUCGCUACCAAAACAAACUUGAAUAAAAAAUAAUACAACAAAAGGUUUUAUAAAACUUGUCGUCUCUGAAAUUUGCCAUUUUUAAAUUUAAUAAAAACAAAAAAUAAAUAAAUAUUUAAACAUUUAAGCAUUUUAUUAUACUACCGCAGUAUUCAAUAGUAAAAUCUCUAUAUAUACAAGCAUUUUACACUUUUGUCAAUGUAUUUUAAACAAAUUUUUUGUACAUACAUACAUACACAUUAUUAUACAUAUAUACUAUUAUACCGAAAUGAAACAGAAUUUUUGAAUUUUUUGAAUUAUA